AUGGGAGAGCUGACGGAGCCGUCGAAGCCGAAAAAAAACUCAUACGCAGAUAAAUUAACAGCAAAACUGUUUAGAAGAAAAAAUAAGAAGAAAAACCAAGAGUAUGUCAAGAUACACAUUUAUAAUAAAACAUUUUAUACAAAGAAAAGUGGAAAGAAGAAAAAGAGAAGGAAAACAGCAUCGCAAAGCAGUAAACUAAACCCGGAACUUGAAAAGUUAUUACAAGAAGCGACAGAUUUGUACCUGAGUAAAAACUUUGAAGAAGCAGUUAAAAAGUUAAAGGAGUUGAUAAGAAGAGCACCAGGCCUACACGACCCGUUCCAUAUGUUGGGACUUAUAUACCAAAACGAAUAUAACGAUGUUACCACAGCUAACAGUUAUUAUCUGCUGGCAGCACAUUUGGUGCCUACAGAUACCGACCUGUGGCAAAGAAUAGGAGAAAUGAGCCAAGAAAGCGGAAACCUCGACCAGGCAAUCUACUGCUUUAAAAAAUGCCAAAGGAACCAAGAAGGACAAAUCAAUGAACAAGCGGUCUUUGCAUUGGCAAUUUGUUAUAUAGAAAAGAAAGACUACGAAAAUGCAGCAAAGAGGUUUCUGGUGCUAUUCAAUUUACACCCAAACGAUAAACUUAUCGCAAACGAACUUUCAAAGUGUUUUCAAAUGGUAGGUGAUUUGCACUCAAGUUUAUUGGUACUAACAGCGUAUUUUAACUCAACGCUGGACUUAGAAAUAUUGGAGACGAUCCUGGAGCUAAAUGUAAAAUUGAGCCUGUACGAGGACUGUUUGAAGAUUUUGAAUGAUAUCUGUACCACAAACAAUAUUGAGGCGAACCAGUUGCCCCUAGAACACCUCGUCUACUACGUAAUCUCAUGCCUGAACCUAGAUAAACCAGUAGAUCAGGAGCUAAACUUGUUAUAUAAUUCCCAAAUAAAUGUAAAAUAUGCAUUCCUAAUCGCAAACCAUCUAUGUCCAAAUCAUUUGGAAUUGUCAGUUUCCUGGUUCAAAAAAGCUUAUUCGUUAAUCUUCUCGAGUGACCAGAUAGAUGUGCCAACAACGCUCAAAAUAUCAAAGUGCAUAACGAUGGACAAUAAUCACCAUGAAUUUCUAGUCAAAGUGUUGAGAACAGCACUUGAAAGCAACCCUAAUAAUUCAGAGCUCUUGAUUAAUCUGGCAGAUAUUCUCCUUCAACAGGGGAAUAUCAAUGAAGCUGAGGAACUUUUAUCCAAACUCACACUUAAUGACUUGGAUAAGAUUAAAGAUAUCCCAGAGUAUGUUUUUCAGACAAAAAAGCCGAUCAGUGAAGAGGAAAGACAUGAAAUGUUUAAUAAGCUCAAUAGUGAGAUAGAGGAGAUAGAGAUGGAAUAUUUAAGUGAUCCAAGGACCCGUGUUUACCCAUGCUUAUUGUCCUACGGUAAGACAAUAUCGCUGGAUAAAACUAAGUUAAAUGAGUGGGUUGAUACGUACUUGAAGGUUAUAAAGGACUGUGAACUCGAUACUGAACGGGCAAUGCAAAGACUAAGCAAGACCAAAAUUACGAGAGCAUCACAGCUGAACAAUUUCAACAAUAAUCUAAGUAGAGAUGAAAACUCAAUUUUUAUCAAAAUCGAGUCCAAAAAGUCUUCACUAAACAAGAGUUACUCUUUCCUCAAGGUUAAAAAGGAGCUAAACCUAAAAUCAGCCGAGGAUAUUCUAGGAUGGGCUGGGUAUGAAAGGUUGAUAUUCACUGCAACAGUGUUUAUGUGUCUUUGCAACAGAGUUAAGGAGGCAGUUGAGGUUCUUGAACUCAUUUCAAAUAAUAAAAAGAAAUACAAGUCAAAUUUAGACUCAGCUGAAAGGAAAUCCUUGAUCAAAACAGUCGAAAAAAUUAUUUUCAAAUGCAGUUCAUUCGGAGGAUUAUUUAAAAUAGCAGUAACCAGUGCUAGGAACGAGUUUUUGAAGGACCCAGUGAAUGGAAGUUUGGAAGGAUACGCAAGGAUCUUGGGUACUGGAAAGAUGGCACAUUCCGCUUUACUCCCACUCUCCUCAUCAAAUGAAAAAGAUGCCUUACUAGAAAAUAGGUAUUCAUACAAGGCUUGGGUAACAAGACAGUUGUUACAGUAUCCGGAUAACUUCCAGCUCCUAAUGCUGGGAGGUCAUUUCUGUUCAAUUUCAGGUAACUGGUCUUACGCUAAACACGAAUAUCAAAGAGCAUAUCAAAAGGAACAAAACGACUCACUAGCUUCGCUUUGCCUAGCAACUUCUUAUUUCAAUUCACUCAAUAACAAAAUCACAGAUAACGUGAAUAAGGCGUUGGUAUUGGGAAUGACUUUUCUUCAAAGAUAUGUAGAGCUUAGAAUGAGAAGAGCGCAUCAACUUGGUUUGCCAGAAACAUGUACACUAGUGUUCAAGGCAGAGGGAAUGUACAACAUCGCAAGGGCUUAUCACUUUCUUAACCUGUUCAACCUGGCAGUUCCACUCUACGAAAACUGCCUCCAACUUGUAUCUAGUAUCAAGGAUACGGAUAUAUCCAGUGAUCCAGAAGUGCAGUGUCCUUGCAUUCUCUGUGAUUACUCUAGAAUGCCAAUAAGACCAAUGCCAAGCUCCUGUAAAGGAUUUAGUCCAGCUUCAUUCAUUAGUAACCAUGUAAAACUGGAGAUUCAGAGGGUAUGA